AUGUCUUUUUAUUGUAGGUCUCCUAAAAACCCACAACAGAAAAUCAUUAAGAGGGUGAUUGCUCUGGAAGGAGAUAUUAUAAGAACUAUGGGACACAAAAACCGAUAUGUGCAAGUUCCCCGUGGUCACAUGUGGGUGGAAGGUGACCAUCACGGACACAGCUUCGACAGUAAUUCUUUUGGACCGGUGUCCCUGGGACUUCUGCAUGCCCAUGCAACACAUAUCCUGUGGCCUCCAGAGCGCUGGCAGAAAUUAGAGUCUUUUCUUCCCCCAGAGCGUUCACCCGUGCAGAGUGAAGAAAAGUGACUUCUGGGCGCACCCGUACUGCUGGCUUUGGAGUUGCAGGUGCCGGGGUACAGAGGAGGAGCUCGGGAAGGGAAAGAGCUCCCACAUUACGAUGCUGUGAAACACACGUUUAUGUCACGUUGAGAAUUUGUAUUCUUAAGGAAAAAUAAAAAAUAUGAAA